AUGACUUCACCCAAUGUAGUGUGGCGUAUUUAUUUGAGUUUUCUUGUGAUUUUUAUACUCAAUGAGAAAAGUGAUUGUAAAAGUGUGACCAAUGGACACGUACAAACAGAAGACGUAAAACAUAGAAUUGGAUCGAAGCCUGAUCCUCUCUCACCUGAUGAGCCAUCAAUAGAUCCGCAGAAAGCUUAUGAAAAUUUAGUACACCUAUUGAACUAUGAACCCGUUACAUUUGAUGAAACUCAACUUAAAAGUUCGACAGAAAAAAAUCGUGAUGAAGAAAACUUGAAAACAAAAGAAGAAUCUCCGGUGGUGCCGAACUUGUCUCGAGUCAUCAGACAAACUUCAGGAAAUUCUCAUUUAUACCCAACACUGCCAUCAUAUCCGAACUAUCCGGGCUACAACCCAUCAUACCAUCCCAGCUAUCCAGGUUCAUCUCACAAUAGUCAACCACCUUACAAUCCAAACCAAGGUUCUAUUAAUAAUAAUUAUCCAUCGUACAAUCCAACUAAUACCCCGUACAUACCGUCAUCGAACAGUUCUUAUCCACACUAUCCAACCUAUGACCCCAGCCAAAGGCCGCCGACGUACAAUCCGCCACACAAUAACACGUACAAUCCGAAUGUAAUAAAUCCAUGGUCUAAUAGUAACCAUUCUAACUAUCCGUCUUAUAAUCCCAGUCAAAGACCACCUACAUAUCCAUCUCAAAAUAAUUCUCGACCCGGGUAUCCAUCAUAUCAUCCAAGUCAAAGACCACCUACUUAUCCAUCUCAAAACAAUUCUCGACCCGGGUAUCCGUCAUAUAAUCCAGGUCAAAGACCACCUAUUUAUCCAUCUCAAAACAAUUCUCGACCCGGAUAUCCAUCUUAUAAUCCAAAUCCAAUACCACCCACAUAUCCAUCUCAAAAUAAUUCUCGACCCGGGUAUCCAUCAUAUAAUCCAAGUCAAAGACCACCUACUUAUCCAUCUCAAAACAAUUCUCGACCCGGGUAUCCGUCAUAUAAUCCAGGUCAAAGACCACCUAUUUAUCCAUCUCAAAACAAUUCUCGACCCGGAUAUCCAUCUUAUAAUCCAAAUCCAAUACCACCCACAUAUCCAUCUCAAAAUAAUUCUCGACCCGGGUAUCCAUCAUAUAAUCCAAGUCAAAGACCACCUACUUAUCCAUCUCAAAAUAAUUCUCGACCCGGAUAUCCAUCAUAUAAUCCAAGUCAAAGACCACCUACUUAUCCAUCUCAAAACAAUUCUCGACCCGGAUAUCCAUCUUACAAUCCCAGUCAGAAACCACCUACGUAUCCAUCUCAAAAUACCUCCCAAUCUAAUUAUCCCCAUUACAACCCAGACCAAAACCCAUACAAUCCAAGUCAACCGGCUUAUAAUCCGUCUUGGGGAAAUUCUAAUAAUAACUAUCCACCUUAUAAUCCAAGUCAAAACCAACCUUAUGGUAGUAAUGGUCAAACAAAUUCUCCAUACGGUGGAUAUGGUCAAAAAAAUGACCCUAAUGGUUCCCAUAACAGUUUUAACCCAUUAGAUCAAACACUGUUUAAUGGUCAGUCUAAUGAUGACAGGCCUCCACUAGCUCCUUUCAGUCCCAACUCUCCUUAUGCAUCUCCUAACAGUAAUCCCAAUAAAUCACCACAUUUGGAUCCUAAAGACUUCUCAUAUCCGUAUUAAUUAAACAAAUAGCCUAAAGUUAUUUACGAUUCCAAUUCUAUGGCUACGAGUAUUUAAACUUUAACAUUGUAAUUUUAAUUUUAAUAAAUUUGUUGAUAUUAAUGUAAUAGGUACCUAA